AUGUCCUUUUCAGCUACAGCGUUUAAAUUCAAACUAGACACUCUACUGGAUACUCAAGAAUCCAUUGUCUCGAUCUCCCAAUGGGUUUUAUUUCACCAGAAAUAUUACAAGGAGAGUGCAAAGAUUUGGCUCAACUACAUCACUCAAGAUUCAAUCACACCAGCCAAAAGAUUGUCGUUACUUUAUCUUUGCAAUGACGUUGUGCAACAAGCAAGAAGAAAAAACAAGCCGGAAUUCAUCAAUGAGUUUAAUAAAGUGUUGCCAGAUGCUUUGAGUAAAAACUAUGGAAACUUAAACCCAAAGGUUGACAGGUUGUUGAAUGUCUGGGAAGAACGAAAAAUUUUCACCGAGGAUGAAAUUGCCAAUAUGAAAGCAUCACUAGAAGCCGAACCCAAACCUUUGGAGUCGAUUGAUAUUGCUCCCCAGCUCAAACAAAUCAACGACUUGUUCGUACAUCUUAAUAAAUUAAAUGAUAUCAACCAGGAAAAUCUCACACAAAUGGGCAUACAGUCGAAGACAUACUUGUAUCCCCAAGACCCAGAAACUUUACCUCCGGCACCCGUAUAUCUUUCAAAGUUAUAUAUGUUGGAAAAGUUGGGUAAUGUUUGUAUAAAUAAUGUAGAAGAAAUAAAAGAGACCAGAAUGAAGAUAAAUUCAGAGCUUGAUAGCCUUUUCAACUUGAUUAUUGACGGCACGAAAACUGAUGAUAGCAAGAUCGCUAAUAUUAACGAAAAAAUACAAAAAGCAAAGGAGACUAUACGCGAUGUGAAUUUGACUAGUAUGGAAGCCGGUAGUGAUGACGAUGACUUCCCUGGCUAUUUAUCGGAUUCUGAAGAGGAGGAAGAAACGAAAAAGAGAAGAUUGUCACAAACACCAUCGGGUGGAUCAACACCUUCCAAGAGAGUGGCAUUCUCUGAAGACGUUGAAGUAUUUGAAGAUCCUGAUGAGAACAAGGAAGAGUCUGUUUCUGUAGAUGUUAUGUCUUUAUUAUCUAAAUUAGUCGACUAG